AUGUACAGUGAAGGGGAGAAAAAGGUCUACCAUUUGCAGAACUUUGAGCAUCUACUGCGAGCUAUCUACGCACCUCAAAAUAUUUAUUGUGUCCAUGUGGACAAAAAAGCACCGGCCUCAGUCUUUGCUGCCAUGAAUGCCAUUACUUCCUGUUUCCCAAAUGUGUUCAUGGUCAGCAAGACUGUGGAUGUGGUCUACGCUGGAUGGACACGUGUACAGGCUGAUCUUAACUGCAUGGCUGAUCUCUAUAACACCAGUACAACAUGGAAAUACUUCAUCAACCUCUGUGGUCAGGAUUUCCCUCUAAAAACUAACUUGGAAAUUGUGCAAGCUUUGCGUUCACUGAAAGGAGGUAACAGUUUGGAGUCUGAAGAAAUGCCUCAAGGAAAGAAGAGGGUGAUGAAUGUUUACCAAGUAGUUGAUGGACAAAUCCAGCCAACAGGAAAAACAAAGGAUCCAGCUCCCUUUAAUCUGCCCAUACUAUCAGGAAAUGCCUACAUUGUGGUCAACCGAGGUUACAUUCGCAGUGUGUUGGAAGACGAGCGAAUACAGGCCCUCAUUGAGUGGGCCAAAGACACCUACAGUCCUGAUGAGUUUCUGUGGGCAACAAUACAACGAAUGCCUGGUGUUCCUGGCUCAUCGUGGCCCAACAGUAAAUUCGAUAUUACUGACAUUAAUGCAAUUGCACGGAUCGUGAAGUGGCAGUGGCACGAGGGGUCAGAGCGUUCCUUGCAAGCAGCAUACCCAGAAUGUAAAGGCCAUCAUGUCAGAUCAAUAUGUGUGUAUGGUGCUGGAGACCUGCAGUGGUUGAUUGAACAGCAUCACCUUUUUGCCAAUAAGUUUGAUACAGACAGAGAUCCCAUUGCUAUCUACUGCUUGGAGAAAUAUCUGAGACACAAGGCACUGACUGAGUUAGUUUAG